UAUCCUCGGCUGAUAAAUGUUCUUGUUCUUCGUUAUGAUGGCCCGGAUAUUUCUAGCUCUUAUUGGCCAAAACCUUGGCUGCUAAUUUCGCAAACCGGCAGGGCUAGUUUCAAUGGUAGCAGAAUUGCAAUCUUGGACUAUUUCGGUAAUUUCCUUUCAUCAGAUAAUUUAACUUUUAUAACUUCUGAUUAUGGAACAAUUCUACCAAGAAGAAUGAAAAUGGAUCCUGAUGGUAAUGUUAGAGUAUAUAGCCGAACUAAUGUGUCGCAAAAUUGGUAUGUUUCCUGGCAAGCAAUUUAUGGUGCUUGUAUAGCUCAUGGGAUUUGUGGAGAUAAUAGUACAUGUAGUUAUAAUCCUAAGCAUGGAAGAAAAUGUUCUUGUAUUCCAGGUUAUAGAGUCAAGAAUCAUAGUGAUUGGUCUUAUGGUUGCGAACCUAUGUUCGAUUUUACUUGCAAUAGAAGCGAGUCUACCUUUUUAGGGAUGGUAAAUGUUGAGUUUUAUGGGUAUGACAUUCACUAUGUUGAAGUUAGUAACUAUAGUUCUUGUGAGAAAUUAUGCUUACAAGAUUGUAAUUGUAAAGGAUUUCAGCACGGUUUUGGAUCGGGAAAAGGCUUUUAUAAGUGUUAUACAAAAACACAAUUGAGAAAUGGAAGGCAUUCGCCAUUCUUUGUAGGAACAACAUACUUGAGAUUGCCUAAAGGUAAUAACUUUUCGAAACAAGAAACUUCCACUCCGGGUGACCAUAUUUGUCAAGUGAAACUUCAAAGAGUUUUCGUUAGUUCAAGCGAGAGUCAUUUUGUGAAGUUUUUUUUAUGGUUUGUCACUGCGAUUGGAGCUUUCGAGGUGGUCUUCAUUUUUGUCAUUUGGUGCUCCCUAUUAAGGACGCACCAAAAUACUAAUGCAGACCAACAGGGCUACCAUCUAGCGGAUAUUGGGUUCCGAAAAUUCAGUUACUUGGAGCUAAAGAAAGCAACAAAAGGGUUCAGUCAAGAGAUCGGAAGAGGCGGAGGAGGGGUUGUUUACAAAGGCAUAUUAUCUGAUGAAAGACAUGCUGCAAUAAAGAGACUUUACAAUGCUCAACAAGGAGGAGAAGGCGAGUUUCUCGCUGAAGUAGGCAUCAUUGGAAGGCUUAAUCACAUGAAUUUGAUUGAAAUGUGGGGAUACUGUGCUGAGGGAAAAUAUAGAUUAUUGGUUUAUGAAUACAUGGAAAAUGGUUCUUUAGCUGACAAUUUGUCAUCUAAUAAACUUGAUUGGAGUAAAUGGUACAAAAUUGCUUUAGCAAUAGCAAGAGUUUUAGCAUAUCUACAUGAAGAAUGCUUGGAGUGGAUUUUACAUUGUGAUAUAAAGCCACAAAAUAUUGGAUUAAAUUAUGUGUUAGUUUACAAAAUUGUCCUUCAUUAAUGGUAUGAAAAUGAGAAAUUGAAAAAUUAAAAGAAGAGAGAGUAAUAAAUAGGUAAAGAUAUACUCUCUCUGUCCCAAAAUAUAAGAACUAUU